CCACCGAAACGCCUGAGGUGGCCUAUCGCUCCCCUUCGUUCGUUGAGAAGCACAGCGCAUCGCGCCUGAUUGAUGUACAGUUGAAGUUUUGGGCUUCGAAUGCCCAUUUUUGUGCGCUUCGUCGGUGUUUAGCUGUUCAUGGACGGACCAUGGCAGCUCCUGCAGAGCAGCCAGAAAAACCACCGAGGCUAAUGGAGAGUCCCAAAGUGGAGGAGGCCUCAAGAGAAGAUCUUGUGAAACAAGUUAAACGCCAGCUAGCUUUGCUGCAGAAAGCUAAGGCAAAGUGCGAUGAUUUGAACAAGAAGUGUGAGUUAAAGGACGCAACCAUUAAGGACCUGCAGGGUCAACGCCAGAGAUGGCAGCAAGACCAUGCAGAACUUCAGGAGCUCCGCCAAGCAUACCAGUCACUGCAGGAAGCUCAAGAGAAGCAGUACCAGUCGUUUCAGGUGUUGGAGGAAGAGUUGGCCAUGUCAAAUGAGAACCUAGUCACUUGGCACCAUAAGUACCAGGAAGUCCUGGAGAACUUGGAAUGCACGCAAUCUAAGAUGGCUGCCCUCAACCAAGGUACAGAGUGCCUUCGCCAAGAGCUACAGUCCCUUGAGGAGAAAAACAAGGUAGCCAACUCCAAAAUUGAGCAGCUGUCCCAGUCACAGAAGCAACUUCAUGCGGAACGUGCCAUUAUGCAACAGCAGCUUAACGCGCUUGAGCAAGAGAAGUGCCAAGAACCUGCUGGCUCAGAUUCUGCACUGGAAAUGUCACCAAGCCGCAUGAAGAAAAAGAUAGAAGAACUGGUAGCUCAAUGCAGUACCCUAAUGCAAGAGCGUGACAUGUGCAACUCGGCUAGGGAGGUUUUGGCGCAGGAAGCAGAGAGCGCCAAUGAAGAGGCAGCCAGUCUUCGGCAGAAGAUCUCUGUUCUAUUGGAGGAAAGGUCCUCGCUUGAGAACCAAAGAGACGAAAAAAUUAAUGAGUGCAACCUGUUGCAAGAAGAGAAACAUGGCCUGGAGAGGCAGUUGUCUGACUUAUAUCAGAAUAAGGAGGAUCUUGAGGCCAAGGAGAAGGAGUUUGCAAAGAUCCUAGAUGAUAACAGCAGCUUGGAAAAGCUGCUUGCUGAAGCUGUGAAUGAGAACACAGAACUGCAGGAAAGUGUCAACAACCUCCAAGAAAAGCUUCGUGAGGCAGAAACUGAGAAGCACAGGCUUACUAAGGAGCUUGAAACAUCCAAAGACUUGGCACUUAGUGAAUCUAACCGAUUGGAGGCCAUCAUAAGAAGCUUAGAGGACAAACUUGCUGCACAAAUUGAGCAGCACCAAAAUGUAGAGCAUGAGCUGAAAGUGUGCGUUUGCCAGCAAAUUGAAUCAGAAAAGCUGAUUCAAAAUUUGAAAGCCUCUCUCUCAUCCUGUCAACGACAGGAGGACUUAGUGGAUAUUGUCUCCACCGCAGAAGAGACAUCGGAGACUCCUGACAACCAAAUGGCUCUGGAAAAGCUAAAAGAGGCUAUGGAAGAGGAAAGAAAAAGUGCUGUCACUAGGGUUGGAAAUUUAGAGGAGGCCUUGAAGAAACUGCACAUGGAGAAGGCAGAUUUGGAGGAAGAAAUUGCAAAGAUCAAAAAGGCAGAUCGGCAACUCUUUGAAGAACUUCAGACUUCCGUUAGCAAGGUUUCUUUGCUUGAAAAAGAUCUUACUCGCUCAUUCCAUGAAAAGCAGAACAUUGUUGAUGAACUCUGCCAAGUGAAGGACCUUCAAAGGUUCCUGGAAGACGAAGCAACGGAACUUCAACAAGAAUGUGAGAAGCUGAAAGCUCAGGCAGGACGACUAGAAGCUGAUCUUGAUAAUGACAGGCUGCACAUUCAGAAACUUGAGCAUGAGCUGGAAGCAGCAGAAUGCAGGGACCAGCAGUCACUUCGAGAAGUGGAGAUGUUGCGCCUGCAGCUGAAGGAGAUGGCUUUGCAAGCCUUGAAGUACCAAGAGGCCUUUCGGGACUGUGUUCCAGGCAAUAUGGAACCACAAAUUAUGUGGAAAGCGUUUCAUCGAAUCUGCCAGAUCAUACUGGAAGCAGCUGAGAAAAACUUGGUGGACAUCCAAGUGGAAGGCAUGCUGCCAGGCAUAGGGGCCACCCUUGUGCUCAAUGAUUUUGGUGAUGAAUUUGGGGCUGUUGGGGAAAAUCGUGAAGAGGACAGGGAAGGUGCAGUUUCUGCCGAGGCCCAUGAGCAACUCAGAAGUGCUCUAGAAAAUGUGGAGGAACAACUGCAUAUGACCCUCAGGGCACUAAACGUUCUUCAGUUUGAGAAGCAAGCUAUAGAAGAUGAACUAUUACUCGAGAAGAGCAGGAGAGACUGUUUAAACAAGGAAUUUACUGCAUCUGCAAAGCAAAUGUACUUGCUGGAAGAGCAAAUAGCUGACAUAGAAAUGCAAUUGGAACAAAAGAGGAAGGAGCUUAAUGAAAAAGAUGAGUUCCUUGCAAAGGCUCUUGAUCAAAUUACAGGAAUCAGGGCCGACUUUGAAAAACUUGAAGACAUGAAACAGGGGCAUUCUAGACUUUCGCCUGAGUUGUGUAUGUUGGACUCAUCUGGGAAAGAAGGAUCAGACCUUCAAGAUUUCAGGAAGAAAUGGCAUGCUGAGUUGAUUGCUCGCAUGAGCCAUUUGGAGUUGGACUUGAAGAGGGCUAACCAUGUAACAGACUUGACAGCACCAAAUCAAGCCGAAGCCUCUGGUGGUGAACAUUCGGGAAUAGAAGGGGUUGGCAUAGGCAGAGCAAGAACAUCUCCACUACCUGGGGAUAGAGUGUGUGAUGAUGUUGACAUGAGACAACAUCGCUCUGACUCUGUAAGUGACAUGGAAAUCAAGAGAGAUGAAAAUGAAAAUUUUUCUGACAAUUGCUCCUCCCCAAGAGCAUGCUUGCUGAAGAGCUCAGAAACACAGGAGAGCACAUGCGAAGAAGUUCUUAUGCUUAAAGCAGAACUGCAGGCGAAAUCUAAGCUCCUUGACCAAGUUCAUUCCAAGCUGGAUGACCAAUUGGAGCAGUCUGAAAAGCUAGAGAGAACUCUUAUAGGCAGGAGCAAGGAUUUGCAAGACUGCAGGAAUGAUGUGUUGAAGAAAGAUUCAGAAUUAGCAGCUUUGACGGCGCAGUUGACUCAUCUGAAGGAUCAACUUGUGUUUUACGAGAAAGAAUGUAAUAGGUUGUGUGCUGUCUUUCAGCCCGAAUUUAAUAAUGAAGCAAAGACUCAGAAUGACAUGCUGUGUGAAUGGUACAGUGCUCACAGAACCAUGUUGAAACUUUUGUCUCAACUUAUUUUGCAUGCUUCGAGACAGCAACAUCCACAGGUCUUGUCAGAUGGAAAUGGAGACUCAAAUGUACUCUUAGAAGCAAGACGCCUGCAUGCUGCACUGUCAGAAAAAUUAGAUUCUAUUUCUUUCGAAGAAGAGCCCUCCUCAUCACUUCCUUGUGUUAUCUCGAGAGCAGUGUGUCAAGAUUUGGUCACUGAGUUGGCCCUUAUCAAAAGCUUUGAGCAAAUGUUGGAAACGCUUUCUGUCGGUGGAACUAAAAACCCCCUGCCAAAGCCCCGAGUUGAACCUGAAGUUGAGAGGCAAGAUAGCUACAAGGAGAUCGCCUAUCUGCAGAGAUCUCUGCAGGAAAAGGAAGAAAAGCUCACGAAGUUCAAAGCCUUGGUCUUGAAGUUGAAGAAAGAUGUGGCAGACAAAACAAAACAGGUGAACUUCAUGGAAAAGGAGUUGUCUGGCAUGAAGCAGGAGCUUGACAUGAAUGCCCAAGCUUCUAAGCAGUCAGUUCAGAACUUUCAGAUCCUUCAAAAUGAAUACGACUCGCUACAAGACAAGAAUGAAGCCACGCUGUCGAUGUGCAAGGAUCUGGAGGGCAAGUUGGCAUCAUCAGUCAAUGAGCUUGAUGCAGCUAAGCAUGCACUUGUUGAUGCUACGUCAGAGAAGAAUACACUGAAGCAAAUCAACGAAGUGCUCAAUGCAGAGGUUAUGGCAUGGCAAGAAUGCAAGGCGAAACUGGAAGCGAAGCUGAGCUCAAUGGAGUCUCAAGCUAGUGAUGCUAAGGAACAGGAGGAGAAGUUGCUGGGCCACAUCAAGGUUCUUGAGGAACAGGUCUCGGAGGCCAAUAAGCAGCUGCUUGCUGAAAAAGAGGAGCAUACUAAGACUGCCGCACAGCUGGAGAAAGUGCACAAGGAAUCGCAAAUUCAUAAGCUUCUAGACUUGGAGAUCGCUGACUUUGAGCAUACCGUAGCAGAGCUGAACAAACUCUUGAAGGAAAAGAACGAUCAGUUAGACAACAUCAGGAAGGAGUCUUUGGCUUACCAGUCCAAGAUUGCAAGCCUUGCUGAGCAGAUCAGUUUCCUGGAAGACCAGAAGAAAGCAGAUGAUGAACGGCUGCUUGCCUACAAGGAGACUGUAGCCAACUUGAAGGAGGAAUUGCUGAAGAGCCGAAAAUGUGAAGAAGAGUUGCGGCAGGCUGAGGUGAGGCUUGAAUCGGAAGUUAAAGCAGGCCAGCUGAGGGAGCAGGAUUUGAAGAAAAGUUAUGCCACAGUAUCGCAAGAGCUCUUGGUGCUAGAUUCCACCUUACGCACAGAUCGUGAGAGACAUCGGCAAAACAUCAGGACGCUGGAAUCUGAUAUUGCUUCUCUCAGAGGGAAGUUGCAAUCUGCAAACGAAGAACUGCAGAACUCUAAGGUGGAAUUUGAAAAGUACAAGGUGCGAGCGCACUCUGUACUCAAGCAGCGCCGGAAAAAUGCAGCCGGUACUGACAACACUGAGACUACCGAUGCACAUUCCCAAGGUGUCAUUGAUCAGAUGAAGCGGCAGAUUGAGCACCUGGCGGAGCAGCUGCAACGUUCGCAAGCUGAAACCAAGACUGCUCGGGAUGAUUACGACCUGGUGGCACAGCAGCAUCAGUCUGUUCUAUUGGAGCUUGAGAAGCAACAGAAAGAAUGGAGAAACAGGCUCGAUGAGGUUGUCAAACAGAAUUCUGUAGACAUGGGCAAUGAGCUAGAAAAACAGCUGAACCUCCAGUACGAAAAGCUGACUACGAAGUACCAGAACAAAUUGGCAGAACAGGAGGCUGAGCAUGAACAAGUACUGCAGCAGCACUUGCAGACAAUUGAAGCGCUGAAACGUGAGGUUGCAGAGAUCCAGCUGAAUCCACAGCGGCCAAGCUCACCGCAGGAGGAGCUUGCUGCAGUUGGUGACAUCUCAACACUCGAGCGACAGGCCGCAGAGGGCUCGGAGUCGGUUUCGCCAGCACAGCCACUGCUUCUUCAGACUGUGCCAUGGGAGUUGGUCCCGACGGGGAGUGCUGCGACGCUCGAGAGCCUCCUGAACCCAAGAAGCAUGGAAGCUCCCCCACACGACAAGACCGACGACAAGAGCGUGAGGCACCUUGCCGAAUUGCUGAACGAGUCCGAGUCCAACAAUCUUAGAAUGACUGAGCAAAUCCGAGUUCUCAAGGAAGAGAUACGGCGACAUGAACGCAACUAUGAACGACAAAAGCAUGCUGUUAAUCUCGAGUAUCUCAAAAAUAUUAUCAUGAAGUUUGUGACCUUGCGGGGUGGCAGUGAGAAGGAGCGGCUUGUACCAGUCCUCACAACAAUGCUGAAGCUGAGCCCUGAAGAGAAGAAGGAUCUUGAAGCUGUUGUGACUAAGGAAAUGCAGCAAGAUGCAGCUGGGGCAUCUAACUGGGGUGGCUACCUACCUCGGUGGACAGGCUUUGUUGGAUGACAGCACCGAUUUAGCAUUCGGGAAUGUAAAGUUGUGUACAAUAGUGUGAGGACCAAAUGUACA